CUCUUUUUAAACUCACCAAUUAUUCAAACCAGAUAUUAAAUAAAAGCUUUGUGGGGAAAGCCAAUAAAACGCAAACCGGUGCGGAUUUCCGAAAAUAUUUAUUGGUUAAUCGGAACAAAUUCAAUAUUUUGCAUCUUGCCAAUGCGUACACCGCCAAAAUGCAAAAGCGGAAAAAAACCCAUAAAUUGUGAGAAACCUACGAACACAGUGUCCAAAAUGCACGGGCAUUUGUCGUUCGGAAAAUUGAACUGCGAGCUAAUCCGAAGCAUAUCCAACCGAAAUCCGCGCGUAUUCAAAUAAAAACGGCAAUCGAGUAAACACAGAAAUAUAUCGCGCCAAAAUAAAUAGCCAAUAUGAAAACAAUCUGCGAGAGCAAAUGGUUCGUGCAAAUCUGUGCUCUCCUGGUGCUGGUCAUCCUGCCUACCUGCCACGUCCUCCAGGCCGAUGGCCAAGUGGUGGGCGACAUCCAGCUGGAGGACGAGGGUGCAGCUCAUAGCCAUCAGCCCAGUCGUCAUCGCAGUGGCAGUGGCAGUCGGAGUCGCAGUGGAAGUGGCAGUGGCAAUGGCAAUCACUUUGGCUGCGAGCACCUCCAUCAUCGUCAGCAGCAUUGGGAGCAUCAGGGGCAUCACCAUCACCAAGGGAAGCUCGGCCGGAAGCACAGACAGAGCCAUUACGAGAUGCUGGAGCAGGAGGAGCGGCAGCAGCAGCUGGGAAAGCAGUGGCGCCAGUGGGUGAGCCACCUGCACUCGCCGGAUUACCCCAAUGACGAUCCAUCGCCGGAAGGCAGGCAUCCAUCGCGGGCUAAUGGCGACCUGGGAAGCGACCCCUUUGACGUGGAGGAGUACCAGCGCUAUGCUAAUAUUGACUUGGCGUCGCCGCGCUCCGGUCGCCAUCGAGGUCGCCACCUGCCGCUGAACAACAUCAACCUGGCGCUGCCUUUGGGCUCCACAGACGGAAGCGGCAAGUACCUGAGAUCCCUGCCGGACUCACUGAGCUUUCAGAACGACCGACUGUACGCCACCCAGCCGCAGAGGCAUUGGCCGGUCAAGAGGGAGGCCAUAGUGGAGGGAGACGUCAUCCUGGGCGGCCUGAUGAUGGUCCACUCCCGCGAGGACAGCAUCACCUGCGGACCCAUCAUGCCGCAGGGCGGAAUCCAGGCUUUGGAGGCCAUGCUCUUCACCAUCGACAGGAUCAACCGGGAGCAGCUGCUGCCGAACAUCACCCUCGGCGCCCACAUCCUGGACGACUGCGACAAGGACUCGUAUGGCCUUGAGAUGGCAGUGGAUUUUAUCAAAGGAUCCAUCAGCAAUAUUGAUGACGCGGAAUAUCAUUGCAACAAGACGCAAGUUCGGAAAGUUAUUUCGGGGGUGGUGGGCGCCGCCUCCUCGGUCACAUCCAUACAAGUUGCCAAUUUAUUGCGGUUAUUUCGAAUUCCCCAGGUGUCCUACUUCUCCACCAGCCCGGAGCUGAGCAACAAACAGCGAUUCGAGUACUUCUCCCGCACGAUUCCCUCGGAUCACUACCAGGUGAAGGCCAUGGUGGAGAUUGUGAAGCGGAUGGGUUGGAGCUACGUCUCGAUUAUCUACGAGGAGAGCAAUUACGGCAUAAAGGCUUUCGAGGAACUGGAGGAGCUCCUGGCGCGCCAUAACAUUUGUAUUGCCAUCAAGGAGAAGCUGGUGAAGGACUCGGGAGUGGCCGAGGACAUCGCGUACGAUAAUAUCGUGCAGAAGCUGCUGACGAAGCCCCGGGCCAGAGGGGCCAUUAUCUUCGGCUCGGAUCAGGAGGUUCGACAAGUGAUGCGGGCGGUGCGAAGGGCAAAUGCAACUGGUUCCUUCUCCUGGAUCGGAUCCGAUGGCUGGAGUGCCCGGAACUUGGUGUCCGACGACUACGAGCCCGAGGUGGAAGGCACGCUGUCUGUGCAGCCGCAGGCGAAUCCAGUCCGCGGAUUCGAGGAGUACUUCCUCAGCCUCACGGUGGAGAACAAUCAGCGCAAUCCCUGGUUUGUGGAAUUCUGGGAGGAUCACUUCCAGUGCCGAUACCCCGGAAGCACCAGCACUCCGUACAACAACUACACCAAACAGUGCACCAAAAAGGAGCGACUCUCGAGGCAGAACACCGACUUCGAGGACCAGUUGCAAUUUGUGAGCGAUGCGGUCAUGGCUUUUGCCUAUGCCCUGAGGGACAUGCACCGCGACUUGUGCGGCGGAGGUCCUUCGCUCUGCGAGGCCAUGAAGCCGACGAAGGGCGCGGAUCUGCUCAAAUAUUUGCGUAAAGUGGAGUUCGAGGGCCUCAGUGGCGAUGAGUUCCGCUUCGACGGGAACGGCGACGGUCCGGCCCGCUACAACAUCAUCCACUUCAAGCAGUCGCAGGCGGGCCAGUACCACUGGGUCAAGGUGGGCGAGUACACGGAGGGGGAGUUGCGGCUCAACAUGUCGGAGGUGAAGUUCAAGCGGCUGAGCCCCAAGCCGCCGGAGUCCGUUUGUAGCCUGCCCUGUUUGGUGGGCCAGGCCAAGAAGUACGUGGAGGGCGAGAGCUGCUGCUGGCACUGCUUCAAUUGCACGACCUAUCAAAUCCGACACCCGGAUGACGAGACCCACUGCAAGCUCUGCAAGCUGGGAACCCUUCCGGAUGCCAACAAGCAGUACUGCCGCCCCAUCCCGGAGAUCUAUCUCCGGCCGGAGUCCGCCUGGGCCAUCGGAGCGAUGGCGUUCAGUGCCACCGGCAUCCUGAUAACGCUCUUUGUCAUGGGCGUGUUUGUCAGGCAUAACGACACCCCCAUCGUGCGCGCCUCUGGGCGGGAGCUGAGCUACAUCCUUCUGGCGGGGAUUUUUAUGUGCUACGGGGUCACAUUCGCGCUGGUCCUGAAGCCCACGAACAUAGUGUGUGCCAUCCAGCGGUUCGGCGUGGGUUUCUGCUUCACGGUCGUCUACGCUGCACUGUUGACCAAAACGAAUCGCAUUGCGCGCAUCUUCAAAGCGGGCAAACAGUCGGCCAAGAGGCCCUCCUUCAUCAGUCCCAAGUCCCAGCUGGUGAUCUGCGCGUGCCUGGUUAGUGUGCAGAUACUCAUCAACGGCGUUUGGAUGGUAAUUGCGCCAUCACAUGCCAUGCAUCAUUAUCCCACACGCGAGGAUAAUCUGCUCGUCUGCGACUCCUACAUCGACGCCUCCUAUAUGAUUGCGUUCUCGUAUCCAAUCUUCCUGAUUGUAAUCUGCACGGUCUACGCGGUGCUCACGCGAAAGAUUCCGGAGGCGUUCAACGAAUCGAAGCAUAUUGGCUUUACCAUGUACACCACCUGCGUGAUUUGGCUGGCGUUCGUACCGCUCUACUUCGGGACCGCCAACCACGUACCGCUGCGCAUCACCAGCAUGUCGGUGACCAUCAGCUUGUCCGCCAGUGUGACCAUCGCGUGUCUCUUCUCGCCCAAGCUGUACAUAAUACUCAUACGCCCCGAGCGCAACGUGCGGCAGAGCAUGAUGCCGCCGCGCUACGGCAACAUGCACCGCACCGCCGGAACGGGACCCUCGUCCAUGAUGGCCGCCGCCGUUGUGACCGCUGCCACCUGUGCCCAGGAGGAGAAGAUCCAGAAGCAUAUCACGCCCACGAACACAGAAAACUCGCUCAAGACGAAGAAGUUGUGCGAGAUGGCCACUCAGACGAUUUCCAGCAUAAUCACGUCGCUGGACAUCAAUGCAUACAAUCAAAUACCAUACGCCGAUCAAUAUGUGCCAAACAAUACCGCAACGGCCACGACCACGCCCACGGAUAAAGGCUGUGGCAACAGCAACGGCAACAGUAACACCAAUGGCAACAGCAAUAGCAACAGCAAUAGUAAUAGCAACAGCAAUGGCAGUAGCAACAUCGGCGAUGGCAACGAUGAGGCAGCGGAGCAAGUGGUGGCCAACAAUAACAAAAUCAAUCAGAGGCAACAUGGCCAGCCGGCCGUGGCAUUUGCCAUCACAACGACUAACAAUCACAUAAGCGGCCCGCCAGCAACCAUAACAACAACAGCGGCAACUGUUGAAACAACAACAGCAACAGAGGCACCGGCAGCAGCAAUAACAACUCCAUUGCCAGCUGGGAAUGUCACCGAAACCGCAUCCGUGGCGGCCAACAAUGGCCAUGGAAAUGGAAACCAACGUCCACUGGUCCUGCAAACAAACUUAUAGCUAAACGCACAGCAAUUGCAGCAGCAGUUGUUGAAGGAGCAGCAGCGGCAACAACAGGCUGAACUGCAGCAGCAACAGCAACAGCAGCAACACCAGCAACAGCAACCUGCAACACAAAGCUCUUCCAGCGACAACGGCAGCACAGGAAGCGGCAGUGCGGCAAAAAAACGCUCGGCAAUUCCAGUUUGAGCUGCCAUCAGAGAUUAGAGGUUGCCCGUAAAAAUACGUAAGUAAAGGACAGUGUCUGUUGACCUAAUCUUUUCCAAGGGUCGAAAGUGCAGCACAAAUACCAAAACAUAGCAAGGAGAUUGGUCCUUUUAAGUGCCAGCCAGAAAGCGACUUAAUUAGAGACAGUUCUGCCACAGAAAUAUCUUCAGGUUGUGGAAAACAAGUGGAUAGAAUAAAAAUUGCAGAUGAAAACAGUUGCAAUUAGCUUUUAACAUUUUAUUUUUUAUAUCAGCUAUGUUACUUAUUUAUUUAAGAUUUGUUUAUAACAUAAAAACUUAUAUUCAAAUAUUCUUUCUAAUAUGAAUUAUAUUUAUUUAUUUUUAUACCCUUGCAGAGCUAAAGGUAUUAUAAUUUUAGUUAGAAGUUUGCAACGCA